AUGUCACUAUAUCUCUUCAUGCUUGCCAUGGAGGUGUUCUUGGGUCUGCUCAGAUCAAGGUACACUUCCGGUUACAUCUCUUAUCAUCCUAGAACCUCAGAAGUGGAAAUCUCCCACUUAAUGUUUGCCGACGACGUGAUGAUCUUCUUUGAUGGAGACAGCUCAUCCUUGCAUGGUAUCUAUGAAACUUUGGAGGACUUUGCAGGGUGGUCUGGCCUUCACAUGAACAGAGGAAAAACUCAACUCUUUCAUGUGGGCCUGACUCAAGUUGAAGCCAAUGCUCUGGCAAGUUACGGUUUCACGCCUGGAUCAUUACCUAUCAGAUACUUGGGAUUGCCUUUGAUGAGCAGGAAGCUAAAAGUUGCAGAGUACGCACCUCUAAUCGAGAAACUCAAGGCCAAAUUCAACUCGUGGGCAACCAGAUCACUUUCCUUCGCUGGUAGAGUGCAGUUGAUUACUUCUAAAAUCUCAGGCCUCGGUAACUUCUGGAUCUCCACUUUCAUCCUUCCGUUGGGAUGUAUCAGGCAAAUUGAGUCUCUCUGUUCUCGUUUCCUAUGGUCGGGCAAAACAGAUAAGAAAGGUAUUGCGAAGAUUGCUUGGUCACAGGUUUGCCUACCUAGAGCUGAAGGAGGACUCAGUCUAAGAAGACUGAGAACCUUGGCUGAAAGAUUCAUCAUGUGCAACCUCGGUAAUGGAAGGAUAGCAAGUUUCUGGUUUGACAACUGGACGCCCUUUGGUCCUCUAAUCAAAUAUAUAGGUGAUCAAGGGCCCAGAGACUUAAGGAUCCCUCUCAAAGCCACAUUAGCAGAUGCUUGUGAUGUUGCAGGAUGGAAGAUUGUUGACCCACGUUCUGAACAGGCCCUCCAACUCCAUGUCCACCUAACCACCAUAGGCAAGCCGAUUGAUUCUCUAAGGUCGGAUUCAUAUAUAUGGAUGGUGGAUAAGAAGUGUAACGGCUUUUCGUCUUCACGAACCUGGGAGGCUCUAAGACCGAGAGCAGAGAUCGUCAACUAG